AUGGCUCUAGCUCGCUCUAGCCGUCAAACUAAAGCGCUUCUCAACACGCUUCCUUCCACUCGCAACACUCUGCUCAGCACAGGUGCCGUCGUCGCUUCCGUCGCUGCCAUCUCCUCUGGAUACUGGAACCCCACUAGCGCUAUCAACGCCUUUUCGAGUGGUCCGACCCUCCUUCACUCUCGCCUCUUCUCGUCCACCGUCGCUCCAUCAUUCAAAAUGGGAUCUACAGCAUCGUCGCAACAGGCCGCUCCCGAGUCGUUCCCCAAGGGCAUGUCCAACUCCGAGUGGCGUACCAAGCUCAACCCUGAGCAGUUCCGCAUCCUCCGCGAGAAGGGAACCGAGAUGGCCGGUACGGGCAAAUACAACAAGCACUAUCCCAAGGAUGGAGUAUACACAUGUGCAGGCUGCGACUCGCCGCUGUACAAGGCCAGCACCAAGUUCGACUCGGGCUGCGGCUGGCCGGCCUUCUUCGACGCCAUCCCAGGCGCCAUCGACCGCCACUCAGAUAUCAGCUGGGGCAUGGAGAGGAUCGAGAUCACUUGCAAGAGCUGUGGCGGCCAUCUGGGACACGUGUUCAAGGGCGAGGGUUUCAACAACCCGACCAACGAGCGCCACUGCGUCAACAGCGUGUCGAUCAACUUUGACAAGGAUGAUGCCAAGAUCUGA